AUGGCAAACCACGAUCCAGACCCCAAAGCACCGCCUAUAGAGCGCACCUCACUAUGUCUUUCAAGUAUCCAGCCGGGCAUGUCCAUUCACGCCGGGGAUCCCGGCUUUCGCGAGACCCUCCAGAGCAUCUCUGCGACUCCAGAAAGUGAUGCGACCGAAAGGCUCGUCGAACUGAAAGCCCAGUUGAAGGCAGCAAAAACAGAAACAUUCUGGACCAAAUUGAUGGAGGGGUUGACCAGCAUCACCCAGGCACAAUACGGCUUCGUUGCCAAGCGCAUACUCGUCGAUGACCAUGAUGCAGCAGUAGAGAUGCCACCGAUUGGGGAGCCGGGUUCAUGCUUAUUGGGCGUUGCCUUCUACUAUAACGACGGCGGCGGCAAGGUUGGCAUGCAUCACGAUUACAAGUACACUGCAUGGGGCUCGCCGUGUGCCCAUAUGAAGCACGACAAGGUCUUCAUUGUCCCUGAACGCAUGUCAGAGUUCAUCACCGCCAAUCCAAACAAUCUGCCUCUCACGGCCGAAGGCUACAUCGGCGUUCCUCUGUUCUUUGACGGUAAAUGCUUUGCGCACUUUGGCCUGAUGUGGACUCAGGAUGGUCUUGAUCAAAAGAAGAUCUCGUGGAGUUAUCUGGAAAUGCUCCUACAUGCGUUGGAAGACAUAAUAGUCGACCGUCUACUAUCCGGUCAAAGCUUCGCAAAGCAGAAGCCUCCGCAGACCCUGACUCCCCCAGAACCGAGCACGGUCGUUCCGCAAGAAGCCAUUACUGCGCAGCAGUCCCUGAAACCCUACGCCAAGAGCCUCUCACAUGAAUUACGAACUCCAAUGCACGGUGUAGUCGGAAUGCUCGAUAUCAUGCAUGCUUCUGUACAAGAGCAGGUUGAGGGCCAACUGAACCCUAGACUACGCACGGUCUUCCGGUCGUUACGAGACAAUAUCGAGGUCGUUCAGGAUAGCGCCAAACGUGCUGUUGAGGCAGCCGACAACGUGGUUCACGCCUAUGAUAUGAACAUGCAAAUUCCUGAUACCCCCAUGCAGGAUAACGAGUCGCCCGCCAUCACUCAUGGCAACGGCAACUAUUUCGAUUACAAGCCUGCAAGGGUGAUCGAGGGAAACAACAUACCUUUCAACAACCACAAGAGGAGGCGGUCAACGGAGGGAAGUUGGCAGUUCGGUCCACCAAGUAAAGUCCGCCAGGUCGAGGCUGUACCCGGGGAUGUCUCACCACACAGCAAUAGCCCGCCUUCCACCUCGCCUGCCUUUCCCACGCGCCGAUUCUCCCCUUCCCUUCGCACGCCAGACUCCCUUGCUCCGCCACUACAGACUGAAACAUCUGUCACCCCAUCCAUACCGGGUAGCGACAGUGAAGCGUUGCCAACGCCCGGGCUUCGGCAGACUUCGAUUCGUCAGCUCUUGCCGAUCGUGAUCAACGACGCUCUCCGCGUUGGUGGUCGACCUGACUCGGCAAUCAGCGAGCCGACAGAUCUUGGCGAGAAAAUCGAGGUGCGGUCACGUUCUUCAAAUGGCGACGUCUCCCAGAAGUUGAUCGAAUGGAUCGUCGACGCCGACGUGCCCGAGUCUUUCUUGGUAGACGAGCGAGACCUUGCGAAGCUGAUCUACGAAGUAUUCUUGAAUGCGUUCAAAUUCACAGAUCAGGGAAAAGUCGAAAUAACCGUGAAGCUGUCCAGCAAUCAGAGAUAUCUUGUGACCAAGGUUCGUGAUCAGGGAGAUGGUAUCCCGGUCGAUUUUCAGCCCAAGCUAUUCAAACCCUUCUCACGAGAGGACAACUCAACGACCAGGUCGAAAGAGGGAUUGGGUCUAGGCCUUAUGGUAGCCAGAGGUCUGGCUCGGCGGUUAGGCGGCGACGUCAGCCUUGUUCGAUCGGAGCUAUCUGGACCGCACCAGGGCUCUGAUUUCGAGAUUCGGGUACCAUUGGAGCCCGGCAUGUCGACCAGUCGCAGCGCGACUCCAAUGUCUUACACACCCAAUCCUUCGAAGAACGGUGUUCGAGGGACGACAAGCUUGACACCGAAAUCAUCGACAUCGAUCUUCACUCUGAAUACUGCCAGUAGGAAAUCUCAGCAACAGAAUUCUUCCUCGCCUCCACAGCCGAGAAGGUUUGGAAAAGAAAAUACUCUAUCAGAAUCAUGCAAGCCAGCCGACCGGACGAAGAGGCCCUCACCCGCCGUUCUCAAGGACGGCUAUGACAGAGGUCUAGCCUCUCGACAUCCUCUCACCUUCUUAGUCGCAGAAGACAACAAAAUCAAUCGCAAGCUCCUUGUCAACAUGCUCAGCAAGCUUGGCUACAAGGACGUCUACGAGGCUUUUGAUGGCAGGGAGGCCGUUCGGGUCAUGCACGAGAUUCGCCAAACACAGCGACUCAAUGACAAGCGACGUGGCUCGGAGAUCGGCAAGACCAGAUCCAAGGAGCGAGCCGAGAAACCUCUGGUCAAGAAGCCGGUCGAUGUGGUCCUGAUGGACCUCUGGAUGCCAGAAAUGGAUGGCUAUCAGGCAGCCGAGGAGAUCCUCAGGAUGUACGGCGUGUCUGGCCAUGUCAACGGGUCACGGAAAUCCAUGUUGAGUCCCGAAUUGGCUCCGCCAACAAUUCUCGCCGUGUCUGCCGAUGUCACCGAACAGGCUAUUGAGAGAGCCACAAGAAUGGGCAUGGAAGGUUUCAUGACAAAGCCAUACCGUAUCAGAGACUUGGAAAAGCUCAUUUUGCAGUUUUGUGUGCGAUGA